UCAUUACCUAGAAGACAAACAGGACAAAGCAGGACAGCUCAGUAGAUAAAUCGCUAGGCUUCCUUCAAAAGCAUCUUCUAGCUUCGGGCUGAAGGAGAAGACUUUUUCACAUUCAGUAUUCUGACCACAGGAAAAUGACUUUUUGGCUUUGCUCUCAGCUUGCUGCCUGGAUUUUUCUCCUUCUCAUUCCUGGCCUUUCAGAUGGAGGGAAACUCCUGGUGGUGCCCAUGGAUGGGAGCCACUGGCUUAGCAUGCGUCAAGUAGUGGAAAAGCUCACAGAAAGAGGACAUGAAGUGGUGGUAAUUAUGCCGAAAGUAAGCUGGCAGAUGGGAAUGACACAGACAUACACUGUGAAAACAUACCCAGUGUCUUUCACACUAGAAGAACUGGAUCGUUCCUUUCAUGAAUAUGUUCUUACUCACCUGAAGGAUCUGCCUUUCCCACUUAAUGUUCUUGCAAUAUAUAACAGCUCAAGAGCCGUAUUCAAUAUAUUUUUUUCUCACUGUGAGGGCCUGUUCAGCAGCAGGGAAAUGAUGCAGUACUUGAAUCAAAGUGACUUUGAUGCUCUCCUAACAGAUCCUAUUUCUCUAUGUGGAGCAACAGUUGCUAAUUAUUUUUCACUUCCCUUCAUAUUCUUCAUGAGAGGAUUUCCUUGUGGUUUACACUACACAGCAGCUCAGUGCCCAAACCCUCUCUCAUAUGUCCCGAGACUAUUUACAUUCAACUCAGACCACAUGACUUUUUUCCAGAGAGUGGAAAAUGCACUGGUUGCGCUCCUGGAGCUUGGGUACUGUAACGGUUUCUAUGCAAAGGCGAUAAAGUUUUCCUCUGAAGUUCUUCAAAGAGAUGUCUCCCUGCUAGACCUUCUGAACUCUGCUUCCAUUUGGCUACUGAGAUUUGACUAUGUGUUUGAGUAUGUCAGACCGGUGAUGCCCAAUAUGAUUUUUGUUGGAGGUAUAAACUGUGUUGAGAAGAAACCGCUGUCAAAGGAAUUCGAAGCCAUUGUGAAUGCCUCUGGAGAACAUGGCAUUGUGGUCUUCUCUCUGGGCUCCAUGGUCUCUGAGAUUCCAAUGAAGAAAGCCAUAGAAAUCACAGAAGCCUUGGGAACAAUCCCUCAGACGGUUCUCUGGCGUUAUACGGGACAGGCGCCCCCCAACCUGCCAAAGAACGUAAAGCUAGUCAAAUGGCUGCCGCAGAAUGAUCUUCUAGCUCACCCUAAGACUCGUGCCUUUAUUACCCAUGGAGGCUCGCAUGGUGUUUACGAGGGCAUAUGCAACGCCAUGCCAAUGGUACUAAUGCCUUUAUUUGGAGACCAGAUGGACAACGCCAAGCGUAUCGAGUCACGGGGAGCGGGACUGAUACUGAAUAUACUUGAAAUGACUUCGAAGGACAUAUCCGAUGCCCUGCAUGCAGUUAUUAAUGAUAAAAAGUACAAAGAGAACAUCCAACGUCUCUCGGACCUUCACCUUGACAGACCCAUCCCCCCUCUGGACCUGGCUGUGCACUGGGUGGAGUUUGUGAUGAGGCACAAAGGGGCCCCACACUUGCGACCUGCUGCUCAUGAACUCAACUGGAUCCAGUACCAUUCCCUGGAUGUCAUCGCCUUCCUCCUGGCUGUGGUGCUUCUCUCCAUGUUCAUUUCUCUGAAGUGCUGCCUGUUCUGCUGCCGGAGGUGCUUCCGUAAGAAGGGAAGGACAAGCAAACCAACCAAAUCAAAGUCCCACUAGCAGACGAAACCAGUGGUGGGGUGGUAAGGCCUCUGCUCCAAUACACAAAGAUCACAGAACAUCCUGAAUCUCACUAAAAUAAUUUGCUAGCUUUCAGUCAAGAAAUAAUAGCAUUUCCUUGAAACAGCCUCCCCGUGGCACUAGUUUAACUUUUUAUAAUUUUUAUCUUUAAUCAAGAAUCAGUUUUUAAAAAUAAUUUGUAUAGUAGUGCUUCAGUCACGUGGGAAGGUAUUGGUAGGAAGACCAGGGCUCCUGGUCUUCCAGGGCUCCUUCCACUUCUUGGUGUACUGAGGACUCAUGAUGUCUUUUUUUUUUUAUAAAACCUCCUACAUGCAAUGGAGAUAUACAGGGAUUUUAUACGACUUUGCUCCAGUGGCUUUAGUAGAAACAUUUGCUCUAGCGUAAGAAUGUCAGGUUUACCAAGCACUUUGAAAACUUUGUAUAGCAGCUAUUAUAGAAGAGGCAAAUGUUAUAAAUUGACCGCCUGUCGCAUAAGCCAAGCCAGACGCACAUCUUAAAUGAAUUUUGCAUGUGUUUACAGUACUCUGAACUCAGUCAAGUUUUUUAGUACAGAAGUGGUUGUAAAGCCCCUGCUGUUUCAGCCAGGUUCCCCACCCAGCAGAGUCCUGUAUCUGGAGCUGGCCUGUUAGGUGAUGGCAACCUUUGCAAGCAAUGUUUUAAAAAUCCACCUGAUUUAAUCUUUGUAAGUGAUGUUCUGUUAAAGACCCAAGCGCCAGUCCUAUAAAUAAAUCCCCAAUACUAACAA